AUGGCCCCACCCCACCGUGCCUUCCUCGUGUCGAGUCUGGUCGAGUUACUAAUUAGGCACUCGAUUGACCGCCAGCGACAAUCCAUCACAUAUCUGGCUUUCGGUGACAACCGCCAACUCUUCGAUUUGAUACUGGCCAAUGCGCAUGAAGACGUCAUAGGGCAGUUCAUCCAUAUACUUCUGAAGAGCUUAAUACUGUUAACAGCAGAACAAGCCGCCGCUGGGUUCGUCAGCAUCCUUGGUCUUCGGCAGUCAAGUCGAGAAGAGAUUGAGCGGUCGUAUACAUGCCCGACACUACGUGCCUCGCACAAAGAAGGCCGCGUGAAGAAGAAAAGGACGACGAACGGCUCACGCCACGGACUCCUCCCGGAAUUUGAUCUUGUCGAUGUCACCGGAAAGCGCAGUAAACGGGCAUCGGAUGCGCCGGAAAGCGGAAAAAUGCUUGGAAAUACUCCCAUUGUCGGAAGACAUAUUAUUGAGCGCUUCCCCAUGUCACGGUGGCGUGCAAGAAUACCCUCCUGUGAUGUUGAACUUUGGAACCCUUGUUCUGGACAGCCGGACUCGUUGAAGAAUGCCGUACACAAAUACAACAGAGUACAAGCUUCAAUCCGCAAGAAUGUAUUGCUCAACCCAGGCACGAGCAUCUCGGUCACGCGUGACUCUUUGGAUGCACCCCAUGUUUCUGCCAGUGAGGUGUCUCAGGCUGAUGCGAACAAAUAG